AUCUUUUUUCUUCCAGGUAAGCAGGACAAAUACUACAAUAAUGGCUGAUGUAAGGUCCCCAGCUGAUAGUCCCUCAAAGCAUAUUACUGUUGUUGAUGUUUACGAUCUGGCUGCUUCAAUCGGUAAAGAUUUUGAACGAAUUAUUGAUGAGUUUGGUAAUGAUAGUGUACGACGAAUUAUGCCCAAGGUAAUCUCGGCACUCGAAACGCUCGAAUCAUUUGCCAAUCAUAAUGAAAAAGAAAAUGAAGAGAUUUUGAUGUUGAAGAAAACAGUUGAAAGAUUGGAAAAUGAAAAACAGAUGAAACAGCAAGACCGGAUCAAAUUUGAAUUGGAAUUGGAAGCAGUAGAAGAGAAUUAUCGGAAGGAAAUCGAUGAUCUGUGGUCGAUGGUAAAGAAUUUGCAAUUGGAAAACAAGCAUUUAUCAUCAGCAACAGGAGAUGACGCUUCAACGCUUAAUUCUAUGACAACUCGCGAUGAAGAUCUAAAAAUGUUGCUGGAACUACGAGAGCUCUCUAGUAAACAAAAAGAGCAAAUAAAAGAAUUACAAAAAGAUAUCAGUACUUAUAGCUGUGAAGUUGAAAAUUUGCACAACAGUGUUGAAAAAUUGAUUCGUCAAAAUGAAGAACUUUUACGGAAGAAUGCAUCGUUACAAAAGCACGGAAGAAUGUUGGUGGAAGAGAAAAGUGAAAUUAUUAAAAGACUGCAGCUAACUGAAGAAGCUAAUAUUAAGCUAACGAAAUUAUUCAAAGAUGCUACUCGACAAUGCAAAGAUUUGCAGCAAUGUCAAAUGGAUGACAGUGAUAAUGCUCCUAGGUUCACUUUGUCAGAGCUACGUGAAGUACUGCAAGAGAAAAAUUUGCUGAAAGGCAAAGUUUUGGAAUUGGAAGAGGAGCUUGAACAAUUGCGACCAUCACGCAGACGGGAAUCUGUUGCAAGUGACUCCAGCAGAGAAUUUGAUAGAUCUGUUCAAACAGAAGAAUAUGUUGUUUAUGGACCAAUCAACAGAGAGCCUGAAGAGAAAUUGUAUCCGUGGAAAUAUGAGCGAAAAGAAAGCGGCGUGCGAAAGUUGUAUGCUUUACUUUAUAAAAAGUUACAGAAGAAGUAACUAUGUUUUUCAAUUGUUUCAUAUGCAGCUUACACUAUGGAAGGACGAUAAAGACUAGUUAACAUGAAGUCUUGAGAAUCUGCCGAUUAUUAAAGAAUCUCGUGGAAGUUAUAAAAAGUUUCCGAUUUUUCUUCAAUAAAGAGGGCUUCAGUAGCGGUGGCUAUAGUCCUGUGUAUGCCUCCAGCAGUCCAAUACCGUCAAUGCGCUCGAUGCCAUCGUUUUCUGGUCAAGCAACUUAAUUCAUACCUGUCUUUUGCACAUUUGAUUGCUUAUUGAUAUGCUUUGUGGUCUUCCUAUUGAUUGUUUCCAUUUAUUGCUUUUAUGUUUUUUCUUGUCUGAAUGUGAAUGAAGUUUCGAAACUUAACAAAUUGUAAAUUUUUUGCGAUUUUUCGUCCCUUUGCAUUAAUAUAGCCG